UGCAGUUGAAUCACCUGUGGCUUCACCAGAGAAUUCAGCGCCAUGCACAAAAUCCAAGCACAAAGAGCAAGAACCCGAGCGAGUGAGCUUUCCUACACGCACAUUAGUCCCCCGACCUUAAACAUGCAGCUCCCUGUUGCACACAUCUACUAUCAGCAUCCCUGCACCUCGCUGUCGCGGCCACACUUGCAGACACACUAGAGCAGCUGUAGGCUGCGACUCUUCUCUCUGGCUACAGGCACACUCCUCAAUGGGAAGGGAAAGACAAAAACAAACCAGGUGACACGUGACCCGCUCUGUCACUCACCCCCAAGCCCCGCCCCCAUACUUCCGCCACGCUGGUUGGCAGCGGCUUCAGCCUACUGGCCUAUAGGGGCGCUGUUGGAGCAAUUGACACCGGUGUCAUCACAGCGCAUGCGUAUUCGCUCCCUUUCCUCGUUGUGAUCCUGCCUGUCCGGGCAGCCCCGGCGACAUGAGGCGGAUACAGCGUCAGUAAUGCGGGAGGCGAUCUCCGGCCGGCCUUGGGUGCCGAGCCCCCCGAACUUGGUCUCUUGGAGGAUUGUAAAAGAGUAAUCGGUGCAUGUCUUCUCUUUUCCCGUUUCCUCUGGUCGGCCCCCCCGUAGAUGGUGUCUGGAGAGCCGGUGGUCGUCGCAGCGGAGGAAGAGCUCCCCACUAGUAUGAAGGAGAUGAUCGGAGGCUGCUGUGUGUGCUCAGACGAACGAGGCUGGGCCGAAAACCCACUGGUUUACUGCGACGGGCAUGGCUGCAAUGUGGCGGUGCAUCAAGCUUGCUAUGGCAUAGUGCAAGUGCCGACUGGACCUUGGUUUUGUAGGAAAUGUGAAUCUCAGGAAAGAGCUGCCAGAGUGAGAUGUGAAUUGUGUCCUCAUAAGGAUGGAGCUUUAAAAAGAACAGACAAUGGGGGUUGGGCUCACGUGGUAUGUGCACUAUAUAUACCCGAGGUUCAGUUUGCUAAUGUUUCUACAAUGGAGCCGAUUGUGUUACAGUCUGUGCCCCAUGAACGAUACAACAAGGAGCCGGUUAACCUGCUGUGUGUUUUUUUGGAGGGUGAGAGAAAGCCAGAAUGACUGAAAGAAUUGCACACAGACACAGGGAAACCAGGCAAACUCCUUGCAGACAAGAUAUCACCCUGACUUGCUAUAUUUGUGAUGAGCAAGGGAGAGAGAGCAAAGCUGCUACUGGUGCUUGUAUGACCUGCAAUAAACACGGAUGUCGACAAGCCUUCCAUGUUACUUGUGCACAGCUUGCUGGGCUCCUUUGUGAAGAAGAAGGGAACGGUGCAGAUAACGUUCAGUAUUGUGGUUAUUGUAAAUAUCACUACAGCAAACUGAAGCAUAAAGAAAAAGAAAAGCACAGGCAGAAAUCCAGAAAGCAAAUGGAGCCACUGCCAGCAUUAGUCCCUUCUCUGACUGUGACGACUGAAAAAACCUAUACCUGCAGCAGCAGCAACAACAACAACUCUGUACCAAGCUCAGUGAAGCGCAUAGAAGACACUUCCGCCCGGUUUACCAAUGCAAAUUUUCAAGAGGUUUCUACUCAUCCUACUAGCGUAAAGGAAGCACUGGAAGCCCGGAGUUCUGAAAUAAAAGGAAAGAAAGCUGCAAGUCACAUCACCUUACAACGGGGCAGAAAAUCUAGUAGUGGAAGGAAUUGUGCAGGCUCCGCAACAGCAACAAGUCCCUUCCAGCAAGCCCAUUUUUCAGGAACACCAAGCAGUGUUAAGUCAUCCUCUGGAAGUUCAGUCCAGUCACCACAGGAAUUUCUUAGCUUUACAGAAUUUGAAGUUCGGACUGAAAGCUAUCAUCACUCUCAGCAAUUAACGUCAACCAAAGAUGCGCCUAAAGGAGAUACAGGAUUGCAGGAAGGGACAAUAAACAGUUUUAGCUCCUUAAUUGGUCUUCCUACAAAUCCACCUCUGUCUUUCCAGACAAAAAACUAUGAAAGUGUUCCUGGGGAUUAUGUUAAUAGCAGCCUUACUGUAGCAGGAUACAAGCGCUUGCAGUCCUCUGUUCUAGAUGAAGAUACGGUAAAAGAGAAGAAGCGUAAAGGAAAUAAGCAGAACAAACAUGGUCCUGGCAGACCAAAGGGAAACAAAAACCAAGAGACUCUUUCCCAUUUAUCUGCAUCUUCCGCUUCUCCAACAUCAUCGGUGGCAUCCGCAGCUGGGAGCAUAGCCAGCUCUGUUAUUCAAAGGUCUCCCACAUUGCUCAGGAAUGGAAGCUUACAGAGUUUAAGCGUUGGGUCAUCUCCAGGUGGUUCAGCAAGUUUGUGCAACUGCAAUGAUGUCCCCACAUCCUUUCCCAGUGCUUUGUCUGGUUCCAGCACUCCAGUAUCAAGUUCCCACAUACCACAACCUGCAGCAGCUCAUUUGCAGCAAGAAGUCUCCUCUUCCCCUUCAUCUUUAGCCACUGUUCCAGCAAACACCGUAGCAACUCAGGUAUCCUCACUCCCUGGAUCCUCGCUUGCCAUGUCUUCAUCUCAUACAUAUGGCAGGAGGCUCAAUCCAACUUCUGCCGCAGGGACUCUGCCAGUGCCAAGUGAAAAUGCUCAGCCAGAUCAAGAUGCUGUAGACCAUAACCGCAACCUUCCAGCAAAAGGAGCCUCCCCCAGAGGAAGUAUUUCUCCACGGUUGAACAUCUAUGGUGUGGGGUCAGAUAAAAUAUCUCCUUUGAACAGUCUUGCCACCUCUCGCUUUGAGCCAUCAGGAAACAGUAGUCUGGAGAGUGUCCCCCCAGCUGCCACCAGUAUAGAGCAGCUCCUAGAGAGGCAGUGGAGUGAAGGGCAGCAGUUUCUGCAAGAACAAGGAACCAGUAGUGACAUUUUAGGCAUGCUGAAAUCACUACACCAGCUGCAAGUGGAAAACAGGCGACUGGAGGAACAGAUAAAGAACCUGACGGCCAAAAAGGAGCGCCUUCAGCUGUUAAAUGCACAGCUUUCUGUCCCGUUCCCAACAAUCUCAUCAAACCCCAACACAUCCCCUCAAGUGCACACAUACCCUUUACAGAAUGUAUCCAACAGUGAUUCCUUAAACAUCAGUAAGAGCCCUCAUUUAGGGAACUUCCAGUUGGACAACGCCCUUCCAGUUCCAAAUCAGGAACUUACGUCAAGUGGACAAAGCACCAGCAGUUCUUCAUCUCUUUCUACACCACCCCCCGAUGGACAGAGUCCAGCACAGCAAGUCCAGGGUGUUCACAGGAUAAAUGGUGUGGCAAUGGGAGCACUAACAAGUGGCAUUCAGUCAGUCACACAAGCUCUUCCUAAUGUUGCGAGUGUGGGUGCAAUUAUUGGAGCCUUGCCAGCAAAUCAGCUGUCUAUUAAUUUUGGAGCUCUGAAUGGGGUGAUGCAGAACCCGGCUAACUUGCCUCAGACUGCUGCUCUUACACAUGGAUCCAUAUUGCCUAAUGUGACGCACCCCAUAACGUCCUCAUUAGCAAACAGUGCCUCGGGACUUGGGUUGCUGACAGACCAACAAAGACAGUUGUUACUCCAUCAGCAGCAACAACAGUUUCAACAUAUUCUGAAUUCUCAGCAGCUUACCCCUGAACAGCACCAUACUUUCUUAUAUCAGCUGAUGCAACAGCACCACCAACAGCAGCAACAGCACCACCAGCCAGAACUGCAGCAACUUCAGAUUCCUGGAGCAGCCCAGUUACCCUUAAACAGCCUGCUGGCAGGAGCCCAAGCUGCCCCUCUUCAUUCCACCACUACCAACCCAUUCCUUGCAUUGCACGGAGACACCGCAGCUCAGAAAGUGUCCAGACUUGGAGAUAAAUCUGGGCCGGUUUUGCAAGACAAAAGUUGAUCUCCAAACGACAGAGAUGCAAAUUAUCUUCCUGGCACUUGUCCCGCUGCAGACGGAAGUCUUCCUUUUUGUAGCUACGAAACAAUGCAAUUGGAGAUAAAACUGCACAAAAUAUUUGUGUCCAUCUCUUGUAAGCUAGACGGACAGGCAACACACUGCCGGACGCUGCAGGCCAAGGCUAACCAGCAGGGCUGUACGGUGGCAGCCUUUCUCCUGAGGCUUUUGAAUAUUUAUAUAGUGUCCUUCUAGUUUUUGAUGCACUGAAAUAUGACUGUUAUGCGAGAGUCCAAAUAGUACAAUGCUGUUGUCGCUGGCAGAUGGAUAUUAACCAUUGGACUUAAAGCUACUAAAGGAAACUGCCUAUUGUAUGAUUCCGUAACUCAGCAGGUAUCUGCGUGGCAUUUACCCUAACGCUUGCUGGCAUCAUGGUGCAGUGCUCGGUUCCGCUACCCAGUAGUGCUUUGGGCAUCUGUGUCUCUCCAGUGAUCACUGGCGGUUGUUGAUGUACAAGCAAGAAAUUCUCUUUGGAUGUCUAUCCCAGCAGUUCCGUUUGUGCAAAUGAAUGCAAUGCGCGCUCGCAAUAAGAGCUGCCAUUUCUAUGGAAAUGCUUUCCUACGUUGUAAGUGCCUGUUGCAAAGCUCAAAGAGCAAACCUGAGGCAGACUCUUGUGCACACCUUAAAGGGGUAAUAUUUAUAAGCAGCAGUAAGUAUUCAUGUUGCACUAGCAGCUGCCUCCAAUGCCACUACUACCCCCCGUGGUACAUAUUUAUUUGUAAGCAGCAAGGAGUUAUGCAACCUCUAAGCCCUGACACUUUUUGUGAUCCAACCUAGUUUUUUUUUUUCCUAAUAAAUUUCUAGAACAAACACAAGUACCUUUAAAUUAUCCACUAACAUUAAUUGUGUCAUUAAUUCAUUAAUAAUGGGACUACACUUUCUGUAUGCAAUGCUCUAGCAGUCGGUUACAGAAGCAGUGUAGUUUUAAUGGCGGUAGAAAAAUGGAGCCCGCUGUAAUUUGACUCCCACUGUGUAUGGGGGAUUGCAGUGGCGUCGCACAGCUCUUACCUCAUUCUGUACAUAAGCUUUUGUGAAUCACUUUUGUAUUGUUAAAAGAAAAUUCAUAUGGAGAGGUAAUAUUUUGAUUUGUAAUAUUUCUAAUCGGCAGAUAAAAGAACAACAAAAAUUUAAUUUAUUUUUAUAUUUUUCAGGGGAAUUUUAAAGGAUCGUCUUGGAUUUUGUACACUCUUUUUGUAGGCGUGGUUCAUUUUCAUAUUGGUUUCUGCGAAUAAUUUAAACGGAUGUGUUUUGAUAUGGGGUUUCAGAAAUAAAUUGUAAUGAUACAAAGGCUGGCCAUGUUACUACAGGAACACUCUGUUUGGGGUAUGAAAUCACAUGACUUGCACCAAAUAGCAAUAUGGAGGCUUCCAUGCCUUCAGUCAGCGCCGGCUCUGUUCCUUAGUACAGUCUUCUCCAACGGGGGGUUCAUUCUUCCAAUCCGGAGCAGUUUUAUUGCUUGUGUGAGUGCAAUUGGGCACAUGUGCUGGAUUUAGAUUUAUGUUUACAUCACAGACUAUUUCUGUGUAUUUUCUUCCAGGCCUUAUUGACUAUACAGCAAAUGCUGGCUGCUUCCAAACUCACGCGUGCAAGGUCACUAUUGAAACACUGGAUUUUACAUCUAUCACUCAACAAAACAUUAAUAACCGAUGAAUGAAAACCUUCAUUCCUGUGGUCCAGUUGACUGAAUACUAGAAAUGACUGUGGUACGUUAUAGUCAUUGCCAGUGAAUAGUCCUUUUAAGAAAUAUAUAUAUAUAUAUUUAUGUAGACCAACUUAUUUGCAAAAAGAUAUUUAAAAUUCACCAACAUCUGCAAACAAGAGUUCUAUGAAAGUCUAACGUUCUAAUAUCUCUCAUACUUGCUGGCUACUGCUUCUUAAAAUGUAUGUUUUUUUUCCAUUUUAAAUUUUUGUUUUAAGGAGUGGAGGGGGGAGGGAAUUUGUGUUUUGUUUUCAAUCAAAAUCUUAGCCAUGCAAUAAAAAAAAAUGACUUAAACUACUCUGGUGUUAAACAUUAAUGUAUAAAAAUCCAAAAAUCGUUGAAUCACAAAUAAAGGCUUAUAUUUUGUCACACUUA